GUCAUGGAAUACCCACUUGAUUUUCUCCUCCUGUCUUCACGUUUUCUUUCUACAAUCAAACAAACUAAUAUUCAUGGCUUUAUCCCCUUCUCACAUUUCUCUUUUUUCUUCUGACCCAUCACUUUACUUGAGAAAAAGACCAUCAUCAAUACCCCAACUACGAUGGUUACCAGCUGAAACUAGAGUUAGAGCUAGACCCUUUUCUUUAUCCAUUGUAAAUGGUCAAGCUGAUGAUAGAAAAGAAGAUAUUGUUAUUGUCGGGGCUGGAAUUGCUGGCCUUGCUACUGCUGUUUCACUUCAGAGGCUGGGUAUUAGAACAUUGGUGCUUGAGCAGGGUGAGUCACUGAGAACUGGAGGCACCUCGCUAACACUUUUCAAAAAUGGAUGGAAGGCGUUGGAUGCUAUUGGAGUUGGCAAUGAUCUCAGGAGUCAGUUUCUUGAAAUUCAAGGGAUGGCGAUAAAAUCAGAAGAUGGAAGAGAAUUGCGCUCUUUCAGGUUCAAAGAUGAGGAUGAAAGUCAAGAAGUCCGUGCUGUGGAGAGGAGAGUACUACUGGAAACACUUGCCAGUAGGCUACCACCAGAUGCUAUUUCGUUUUCCUCAAAGCUGGCAAACGUUGAAAGAAGUGAAAAUGGUGAAACCUUGUUGGAACUUGAAGAUGGUAUUCGCAUAUCUACGAAGAUAUUGAUUGCUUGUGAUGGGAUUCGAUCGCCAGUGGCCAAGUUGAUGGGGUUUCCAGAGCCUAACUAUGUAGGACAUUGUGCAUUUCGAGGCCUAGCAUAUUUCCCUAAAGGACAGCCAUUUGAACCAAAAGUAAACUACAUCUAUGGAAAAGGAGUGCGCGCUGGAUAUGUUCCUGUAUCUGAAACCAAAGUCUAUUGGUUUAUCUGCUACAAUAGCUCGUCACCAGGUCCAAAGAUAACAGAUCCAUCUAUUUUGAGACAGCAGGCGGAACAACUUGUCAAAAAUUGGCCAAGAGACCUAAUAAACCUCAUUAAUCUUACACCAGAUGACACAAUCAUAAGAACCAGCUUGGUAGAUAGAUGGCUUUGGCCCUCAAUAAGCCCUCCAGCCUCUACUGGCAGUAUUGUGCUGGUUGGCGACGCAUGGCACCCAAUGACACCAAAUCUUGGUCAAGGUGCUUGUUGUGCACUGGAAGAUUCAAUAGUUUUGACAAAAAAGCUUGCAGAAGCAAUCAAGUCAAAACGUACUUCAGUCGAGGAAGCGUUCAAAGCAUAUGGAAGUGAAAGAUGGCCCCGUAUAUUUCCAUUAACAGUACGUGCAUAUCUUGUGGGUGCGCUAUUGCAAUGGGAUAACCCAGUGAUAUGUGCCCUUAGGGAUAACAUUAUUGUACCUAAGCUGGUUAGGCUUGGACCAGUUCUGGAGCAUACUAAUUUUGAAUUUGACCCCUCCAUAAGAAACUUAGAAAAUCUUAGUUCAGUUGAUAUUGGACAAUAAAUUGCUGAUGUAUAUAACACUUAAUUGAGGUGUACAUCAAAGGUAUAAAUAUUGCUCUUUGUUAUAGUACAUACUACACCGGAGUUCCUUCUCA